AUGUUCUUCAGAGGAAGCCCCUGGCUGUGGUUAUAUGUCAGAACAAGUAUCAUCCUAGGACGCAUAAACAGCCCAGAGCUACAUGAGAAAAAUCAUUGCUAUCAGCUUAACAGAUUUGCCUGCAGCUUUGAGAAAGCAGAAAGUCACUGUCGUGCCCAGGGAGGACACCUUGCUCAUGUUUGGCAUGAGGAAGUCCAAGACCUCCUCUGGGACUUUCUGGAAGAAGGAAAGAAGUGGUGGAUUGGGAAAAAUUUAAAGCUGGGAAACGGUAAGGAAAACAACCAUCCAACAGGUGUUCCAGCCUCUCCAGCUAAUCCCAUGGCCUGUGUCUACCUGUCCAGGAACUUCCAUGAGAUCUCAUUCAAAGAAGACAUGUGCUCACUGGAACAUUAUUUCAUUUGCCAGGCUGGUGCCGGUCAUGAAAGAAACGAACGUAAUUCCCUUUCACACCAGAGACCCAAGAAGACAAAAAGAGCAGUUGCGAUACCAAGGAACAACGUGACCUCAGGUACUGUGUCUGUCCUCUUAACAUCAAUUCCGGCCUCCAGGUUGGAGACACUGUGUCAUCCCAUCCACCCAUUCCCUUCAGUACAACCGACAGUCACACCACGGGUCAUACCGGUUGCACCUGUGCCUGCCCGCCAGCCUCUCCCUGUGAAGACAGAGCCCAUCAGCCCUGCAGCUGUCACACACGCUGGAGAAUCUCCGGCAGAAGUAACUUCAAGCCCAAAGGAGGACUCACAUCAGGGUGUCUUCACGGCGCAUCUGCAAACGUCCUUUCAGAAUGCAGCCAUUCAGGUCAUAGAUGAAAUAGCAGGGAAGGUUAGCAGAGCGAUUUAUGGUCUGCAACCUAAUAACACACUACAGGAAGCUUGUGAGCUCCUCAAGAAACUGACAGCCUCUACCACGCGAUUUUCGAAGCCAGCUGAGGUUAGCAUCAUCAAUUCUCUAAUUUAUCUAAGUGAGCAAUUACUGAAGAUGCCAUUUCAGAACAGUAGCAGUCUGGGCUUUGGAAAUCCUGUGAAUGUCUGCCUCUCUCAUUCCCCUGACAAAGCAGUGACAGCUGGUCAAGAAAGUUGGGAGGACUCCAGGCAGGACUUGGAGCAGGUCGACGACAUGCUAGAAAUGUCCUUGGUGGCGCUUGGGAAUAUCCAGGAAGCGUUUCUGCAGCAGAACCAGUCUCCUGCGUCUGCAGUGACCUUGACCUCUUCCGCUGCCACUCUGAUGCUGAGCAGCCAAAACAUAUCCACUCUGCCUCUGAGCUCUUACACCCUGGGUCACCCAGCGCCUGUGAGGUUGUGCUUUCCGUCAGCUUCAGCUUUGGAGGAGCUCCUGAAUAAACACCCAGCGGUUAAUGUCCAAGUUACAGGACUAGCUUUAAAUCCCUUCAAGGAUUUUGGUGAUGGAAACAUUUUGGGGAGCAUUGGAAGCGUGUUACUAAGCUCUAAUCGUAAAUUGCUACAAGUCCGUGAUUUAAUGGAAGAUAUUGAGAUCAUCCUCUGGAGAAAUAGUAGCAUGGAAACUCAUCCCAACAGCUUCAACCUGAGCGCCGACCAUUUCACAGUCAUGGUGAACAUCACCUCUUCGGAGAAAUCCCUGAUCGUGAGCAUAGAGCCUGAAAGUCCCCUUGUAAUGACACUCUAUCUGGGGUUCCAGUAUCAGCCUAACCACACUCACUUUCAUCUGAACAUCACCCUUCCCAAGGAUCAGGUGUGGCAGAAAGAUGAGGAAUACACGUGGGUGCUGACCCCAGAGAGCCUGCAGUAUGGGCCUGGCACCUACUAUCUAACAGCCCUGCGAGAAAGCCAGGCCAGCGCUCAGCAGACACCCACCCUGGUCUCCGUCGUCACAGCCCUCACUCAGUGUUACUUCUGGGACAGCUCCAAUAGGACGUGGAGGAGCAGUGGAUGCCAAGUUGGCCCGAGGAGCACAGUUUUGAGGACCCAGUGUUUCUGUGACCACCUGACCUUCUUCAGUAGUGACUUCUUCAUCGUCCCCAGGACCGUGAAUGUGGAAGACACAAUCAAACUGUUCCUUCGUGUGACCAGCAAUCCUGCUGGGGUGUCCUUGCUGGCCGGCCUUUUAGGAUUCUAUAUGAUCACAGCUGUGUGGGCCUGGAGACAGGAUCGAGCAGAUAGGCAGAAGGUGAAGGUUACUGUCCUGGCUGAUAAUGACCCCAGCUCUCAAUUUCGCUACCUUAUUCAAGUCUACACGGGGUAUCGAAGAAGGGCCGCUACAACAGCUCAGGUUGUUAUAACCCUCUACGGAUCAGAUGGACAGAGUGAGCCCCAUCACCUCUGGGACCCCCAGAAGACAGUCUUCGAACGGGGAGGACUGGACGUCUUCCUUGUCACUACUCUGUCCUCUCUGGGGGAACUCCAUGGCCUUCGGCUCUGGCACGACAAUUCUGGCAUCAGUCCUUCUUGGUAUGUAAGCCAGGUCAUUGUCAGUGACGUGGCAGUUCAGAGGAAAUGGCACUUCCUGUGCAAUUGUUGGCUGGCCGUGGACCUAGGAGAUGGAGAGCGGGACCGGGUCUUCCUACCAGCCUCAGAGAGAGAGCUCUUUUCCUUCAGACACACAUUUUCCUCCAUGAUUGUGGAAAAGUUCACCCAAGAUCACUUGUGGCUCUCCAUUGUGACUCGGCAUCCCUGGAACCAGUUCACGAGGGUCCAGCGGCUGUCCUGCUGCGUGACACUGCUUCUCUGCAACAUGGUCAUCAACGUUAUGUUCUGGCAGGGGAGCGGCGCGGCUGCCAACAGAGACCAGCAAAUAUUGAGUCCAUUUGCUGUGACCUGGUCUGAACUGUUUACCAGCAUCCAAACUGCUGUCAUCCUUUUCCCAGUCAAUCUUGUCAUUGGGCAGCUCUUCCCAUUGAUUCAACCACAGGAAACUCUGCCUCUCUUACCUCCCAUCCAGGCCUCCAGCCUCUCGGAUGCUUCUGUUGAGCCCUUCUCUCUGAAAGAGGUAGUUCAGGAAUUAAAGGAAACUGUGGGAUUCCUGCUCAGGAGAAAUCCACAUCUACUCUCAGAGUACGAACGAUCUUCAUGGAGUUCUUAUGACAUGAACACGCUGGUGACACUCUUAUCCAGCCUCAUUUAUUCUCAUUUAGAGGGUGAAGGCUGUCCUCAGGCAGGACCCCACUGGGCAAACGCGGUUCCAGAAAACCACCGUCACUUCUGCUGUUACCUGCUCAGAGUUUUGCAGAAGCUGGAAUCUCACUUAGAUACGCUGGGUCUCACCCAGCCUCAGCGGCCUUUUGACUUCCUAGAUGCGGCCAGCCAACUUCAGAAACUCGAGGAACUCUUGGAAACACACAUUCUUCCCCCGGAGCAAGGGCCAUCCAGGGAGGUGACCAGUUUCCCCAUCCUGAGCCCAGAAGAAAAGAACCCCGCCAUUAACGGCCUACCCAGAUGCUUGACUCACAUCUGCUGGCUCCUCCUUGGUGUCACUAGCCUGGCUUCAGCCUUUUUUACAGCACUUUAUAGCUUGGAAUUAGACAAAGACCAAGCCACUAGCUGGGUUAUUUCGAUGAUUUUAUCAGUACUUCAAAACGUCCUCAUCAGCCAGCCAGUGAAGGUGAUCUUCCUCACAUUCUUCCUCUCCCUGAUGACGAACAGGAUGCCGUGGCUUAACAGGGAGAAGGAACAACAGACGAGGAGGGCCUUGGCACUCUCAGCAAAGUGUUCUUCACCAGUACCCGGUUUGAAAGAUCGGAACAACCCCAUCUACGUAGCCCCAGCUGUGAAGAGUCCAACUAAGCACCUAGAGAAAACCUUGAAAAAGAAGAAACUCUUCAAGAUGACUGGAGAUAUUCUGGUACAAAUCCUCUUCCUUAUCCUGUUGAUGACUACAGUCUACUCUGCGAAGAACUCCAAUAGAUUUUACCUCCAUCAGGCUCUCUGGAAGAGCUUUUCCCACCAUUUUUCGGAAAUCAAACUGCUUGAGGACUUUUACCCCUGGGCUCACCGCACCCUCCUUCCUAACCUGUAUGGGGGUUACAGAGGUGAGAGAGCCACAGUCCUGGGGCCCGGCCAUGCAAAUAUGGGGUACGGUUAGUUUUCCCAACAUCCCUGGCCAAGAGCCAUGAGAACUGGAGAAGGAUCGUCAGGCUUCUCUGCUAUGGGGCAUCUCUGUGGACGCCCACAGGGGCUGUUCCCUGGACCUCAUCUCAGUAGGUUCAGUUAUAUGUGGUCCGUGUUCACCCCGGCCCAUGGGAUGCUGAUUCCCACUGCUGAGUCUCACCUAGAGGCGGACUAAUGAGAAUGAAAUGGAUUCAGUUACAGCAUGAGUAGUGCUUUCUUCACAUCUCUAAGACUGGACAGUUUAACUUCCCUUCAGACAUCAAAGAAGGGCUUUGCCGGGUCUGUCACCUCACAAGUCAUCUAUUAUCUACUAGUCUGUUACUAUGCCUUCAUACAGGGUCGGCGGCUGAAACGGCAGAGCUGGAGGUUCUUGAGUGGGAAGAGAAACAUUCUGGACACAAGCAUAAUCCUUAUUAGCUUCAUCAUCUUGGGGCUUGACAUGAAGAGCAUUUCUCUUUAUAAGAAAAACAUGGCACAAUACCACCAUGACCGGGACAGGUUCAUCAGCUUCUACGAGGCCGUAAGAGCCAAUUCUGCUGCCACGCACCUGGCAGGCUUCCUGCUUCUCCUGGCAACUGUUCAGUUAUGGAGUCUGCUGCACCGUGACCCCAGGCUACAGGUCAUCGGCAGGACACUGAACAAAACCUGGGAUGAGGUGGUGGGCUUCCUGCUGAUCAUCUUGAUCCUGCUCACCAGCUAUGCCACUGCUUUUAACCUGUUGUUCGGAUGGAGCAUCUCCAACUAUCGAACUUUUGUCAGUUCAGCUAUGACUGUUGUUGGUCUUAUGAUCGGAAUUGCUCACCACAAUGAGGUUUUCGCUUUAGAUCCAGUCCUGGGCUCUUUUCUGAUCCUCACCAGUGCUGUCAUGAUAGUGCUUGUGAUAAUUAAUCUUUUUGUUUCGGCCAUUCUAAUGGCCUUUAGAAAAGAAAGAAAGUCCCCUAAGAAAGAAGCCACACUGGUAGAUACUCUGCUACAGAUGCUCUCAGAUUUGCUAGGAAUCCAGCGACACCAGGACACCUCAUCUAAGCAAGCAGCCCUAACAGCAAUGUGCAAUGACACGUUUUAGAAGAUCAACUACCAUAAUUCUGUGACUUCCCAUCUUGGCUUAUUAUUUCCUAGCAUAUUAUUACUUACCUUUGCAUGGGAUAGCUUAGAAAAUUAUUGAUGUAUAUAAUAUACUUUGUUCUUAGUGAGGAGUAAAAAUCCCCUUGGUGCCACGUUCUUGCUUAUGGAUCUUGGCACUGUCAGGAUGGGAUAAUACUGCUGCCAAGCAUUAAGUAACAGAACACUCAUCACCCAUGCCACAGGACGGCUGUGAGAAAUCAAUGAGUCAGAAGUGAGCUCAUGGCAACCCACUAAAAAUAAAGAUAGAAGCAUGUGCCUUGGCUGAUGUGGAGCCUUGCCACAGACGAGUAACCAAACUCACAGAUGCUAUCUGGGCUUAAAUAGAGAGAUCAAAAGACA